AAUGUGUCUGAAGCUUCUGGUCGACGUAAAAGGCUCAAGAGUGUUAUUUGCAGAAGUACCAAAAGAAUUUGUGGAUUUCCUUUUCCACAUAUUCUCUUUGCCUUUGGGCACCCUGGUCGAGUUAAUUGGAUCUAACCAGAUGGCGGGCUGCUUAGGAAAACUCAAAGGUAGCAUAGAAAUUUUCAAUGGAAACUACCUUCAACCUGGCAUCAAAAUGGAUGACAUCUUCCACCCCAAAACAGCAUUCAACGGUAAAACAUUUCUGUUAUCCUAUGAUGCUUCUUCUGGGGAUCAGUCCGGUGCAUCCAAAGCAGUUUACAGGUGUGCCAAGGCAGCAGGACAGUGCCAUUACUGUAGUAACUCAUACUCAUCUUGCAAGUCAAAUGCAACACUGUGUGCGAAUUCUAUAUGUCCCGGUUGCAGCGGUUACAUGAAUCAUAAGAUGGCACUUGUAACGCCGCCGAAUCAGGUAGCAGAAACAAAACUAGCGGAUGAGAUAAAGAAGCGUGGGUAUGUUAAGGAAGUUGUGACAUAUAUGGUGAUGGAUGAUCUAGUGGUGAACCCAAUGUCCACCAUUUCUGGCAUCACCCUCAUCAAUAAGUUUGGUGUCAAGGAUCUGAGUCAACUUGAAGAGAAGAAUGUUUCUUUUGGAAAAGAUGAGGGUCUGAAGCUGUUAGAGGCAUCUUUGAAGACCAACAAAGUGCUGACAACUGUCUUUAUGCAUUAAAAUAUAGUUAUGGAUCUGGUUUAUGAAAGUCUUUUGAUGUGUUUUAAUUUGAUGGUGGUAUGUAUGUAAGUCCCCCUUGCGGAUUAGAACUUAGUUAUCUUCUUUUGCCUACCACCUAUC